CCUCCUGCGCAUGCGUGCGGCGCUGCAAGCCCGGAAGCCUCACAGAGCCGCUCGCCCCGGUGGCAGCAGGGAUGCUGCCUGUGUGAGGCUGUGUCUGCCCACUGCUCCUCGGUGCCAUGCGAGCCGCUCAGCCUCCUCCUCCUCCUGCUGCUGGGCAUGGGCCCCCAGCUCCUCCCAGUACCCCCAGUAGCGGCCUGGUGGUGCGGCUGGGCCCCGAGCUGCAGGCCUGCCCGCGGGAGCUGCUGCGGCAGCGGCGAGGCCAGGACGGGCAGCCGCGGUACCUGGUGCGCUGGAGCCUGGUGCGCUCCGAGUCCUCGGCGGGGCCCGACGCCGGGAGCGUGGCGCUGUGGAUGUCCGCGGAGGAGGCGUGCGCCAGCUGCCCGGCGCUGCUGGGCGAGGGGAAGCCGGCGGGGCCGCGGGCCGAGGAGGAGGAGGAGGAGGAAGAGAACGAGGAGGAGGAGGAGAGGGCGGGCGGCCCGGACGAAGCCUCGCUGCGGGAGAUGGAGGCCGACGUGGGGAGCCUGGUGCGGCGAGCCGGCCGGCAGCUGGGCGGCAGCGGGGCCGCCUCCGUGCUGGACACCGUCCACGUGCUGAGCGCCUACGCCGGCAUCGGCUCGCUGGCGGGCGCCUUCAGGGAGACGGGAGCCCUCGACCUGCUGGCGAGGAUGCUGUGCCACAAGGACAAGCGGAUCUGCCGCAGCGCCGGCAAGAUGCUGAGGGCCCUGGCUUCGCACGACGCAGGGAGCUGGGCGUAUGUCCUGCUGUCCCUGAGCCAGCAGGACGGCGUCGAGCAGCACAUGGACUUCGACAGCCGCUACACCUUGCUGGAGCUGUUUGCUGAGACAACAUCCUCGGAAGAGCACUGCAUGUCCUUUGAGGGCAUCCACCUUCCCCAGAUCCCCGGGAAGCAGCUGUUCGCCCUGGUGAAGCGCUACCUGCGCGUCACCUCCCUCCUGGAGGAGCAGGGAGGGGAGCAGCCGGAGAGCAGCCGCGUGAAGCAGGAGUUUGAGUUCAGCAUGGCGAUGGCCGGCCUCAUCGUGGAGCUGCUGCGUGCCAUGGGCUGGGAGCACAGCCACGAGCCAGAGCCGACGGCCCGGCAGGAGGCGAAGCCCCAAACCCCCCGCUCCAUCUUCCAGCACGGGGCCGCGUCCUGCAGCGCUGCCCGGGCAGCCCCGGCUCCUCCACCCAAGGAGCCCAGUGCCUUCAAGACGCGCUCGGCCUUCCCCAGCCGCAGCAGCUACGUGGAGUACGUGCGGGCGCAGCUGGUGCCUGGCAUGCGGGUGCGCCUGCUGGAGGACUACGAGCAGGUCAGCGCGGGGGACGAGGGCGAAUUUCGGCAGAGCAACGACGGCACGCCGCCCGUGCAGGUGUACUGGCAAGCGCUGGGCUGCACCUACUGGGUUCACUGGCACAUGGUGGAGAUCAUCGGCUCCCCGGGGCAGGAGGAGCAGGAGGGCCGGCAGCGGGGCACGAGGCUGAUAAACAGCCACAGACUGGCAGCAGGGGCGCAGCCGUUCUGCCCCAAGCCCCUGGGGGGGCUGUACUCCCCGCCCUACCUGGGGGAGCAGCCGAGCCAGGCCGCGGGGACGCUGAGCCGCGCCGAGUGGUGGGAGCUGCUCUUCUUCGUCAGGCAGCUGGAAGCGCAGGAGCAGGAGGAGAUCGCCCGCCUGCUCCAGCGGCAGCGGGCAGCGCAGCUGCCGGGGCUGGACGAGGAGGCCCUGAUCCAGCUGCCGGUGCCCGCGGGGCUGGCCCAGGAGGUGCUGCGGGUCUUGGAGGAGCGGAGCCGGGGCGGCGCCCGCAGCCACCUGCGCGGCUCCCGCGUCUACGGCAAGUACUGGCCGGGCAGGGGGGCCGAGCGGGACGGCGGGGGCAGCCCCGAGGUGCCCUCGGAGGGUGCCGGCUGCGGGAGCGCUGGGCCUGGUGCCACGAGGGACGAGGCAGCGAGGGACAAGGAAGCAAAGGACGAGGCAGCGAGGGACGAGGACGACGUCUGUGAGGAGCCCAAGUCGGAUUCCCAGCUGUUCGGAGAGCUGCUGGAGAGGGAAGGGCUGCGCUUCCCGGAGGCGGCGGAGAGCGGAGCGUGGGGCAGCUGCGAGGGGGCGAGCGGCAGGGGCUCGCUGGCCGAGGUGGCGCGGGUGGCGGAGGCGAUCCGGAGCGGCGGCUGCGAGGCGGAGCUGCGCGUGGCCGGGCUGCAGCACAUGGUGAGGGUCCUGCAGCAGGAGCCGGAGCCGGAGCCGGAGCAGCAGCAGCCGGGCGGCGAGGGCAGCAGGGAGAAGCUGGUGAGGGCGGCGGUGGAGCUGCUGAGCGCCCAGGCGGCCGAGAAGCGCCCGGCGGCGCUGGCGCUGCGGCUGGUGGCCCUGCUGCUGGAGAGGCGCGCCUGGCGCGUGCCCUUCGCCACGGAGGGCGGCGUGUGGGCCGUGCUGGGCUGCAUGCGGCAGCACGCCGCCUCCGCCCUGGUGCAGCAGGCGGGCCUGGCGGCCCUGAAGGCGCUGGUGGGAGCCGGCGAGCCCGGAGGCGCCGCGGGGACGCCCUCGGCCCUGAGCCACGGCGACGCGCAGCUGCUGCGGGAGGUCUUCGCCAGCAUCGGCUCCGCCGGCGGCGAGGGCUCGCCGGGCCUGCUGAGCGCCAUCCCCGCCGCCGUGCGCGCCAUGCGGGGCGUCCCAGGGGGCGCCUCGGGCGUGCGGAACGGCUUGCUGGUGCUGCGGAUGCUGGUGGACGGGCACCGGGGCCUGGCGGAGCAGCUGGUGAGCGGCGAGCUCCCCGCGGUGCUGCAGAGCUGCUGGCGGGACGGGCAGGGCCCCACCGCGCUGCUGGCCCUCGGCGUCAUCAACCGCCUGGCGGAGCACCGGCUGCCCCUGGGCCCCGAGACCCCAGGUGCCGAGGCCCUGCUGGAGGCCAGGGACGCGCAGACGCCCGCGGGCGGCCCGGGGGACGACGCGCUGCCCGAGGACGUGGUGGUGGCCCUGGAGCGGCAGCUCUGCGGCGGAGGCCCCGAUCCCGACCCCGAGCCCUCCGGCCGGGCGUCCCCGCGGCCGCAGGAGCGCCGCUGCUUCCGAGCGCUGCUGCGCAGCCUGGAGCUGCGGGGGGCCGAGAAGAGCAUCGGGCUGCGGAUCCUCAGGAUCCUGAACAAGUUCCUGGACGGCUUCCAGGAGGACGCGCUGCCCUGGCACGAGUGCGUGGAGCCCUGCUUGUCCUUGCUGAGCGCCCACAGCAGCGACCGCGAGGCGGUGCAGGAGGUCGUCGGCUUCCUGCACCGCCUGGCCGCCGCCAGCAAGGACUGCGCCGUGGCCAUGUGCCGCGCGGGCACCUACGAGGCCCUGGCCAAAGCCCUGGAGAAGCACAGCUCGGCCGUGCCCACGGCGCCAGCCCUGCUGCAGCUGCUGAGCGGCUGCGAGAAGGUCGCCGGCCUGCACAGGACGCUGACGGGCAGCAUCUUGGCCGGCUGCAUCCAGCUGGCGCUGGGGCAGAUCGAGGAGCACCGCCGGAGCCAGUGGCCCAUCAGCAUCCCCUUCUUCGACGUCUUCCUGCGCAAGCUGUGCCGAGGCUCCAGCGUGGAGGCGAAGGAGGACAAGUGCUGGGAGAAGGUGCAGGUCUCCUCCAACCCGCACCGCGCCGGCAAGCUCACGGACGGGAACCCCAAGACCUACUGGGAGUCCAACGGCAGCACCGGCUCCCACUUCAUCACCCUGCACAUGCAGUGCGGGGUGGUGGUCAGGGAGCUGAGCAUGCUGGUGGCCAGCGAGGACUCGAGCUACAUGCCGGCCCGCGUGGUGGUGCUGGGGGGGGACAGCCCCGCGGCCAUCAGGACGGAGCUCAACGCCGUGACCGUGCCGCCCUCGGCCAGCCGGGUGGUGCUGCUGCGGAACGCGCCGCGCUUCUGGCCCCUCAUCCAGAUCCGGGUGAAGCGCUGCCAGCAGGGCGGCAUCGACACGCGCGUGCGCGGCAUCGAGGUGCUGGGGCCCAAGCCCAGCUUCUGGCCCGUCUUCAAGGAGCAGCUGUGCCGCCGGACCUCCCUCUGCUGCGCCGCUCGGGCGCACGCCUGGGGCCAGGAGAUCCGCCGGGACCGGGGGCGGCUGCUGCAGCUCUUCGGCAGGCUGAACCGGGCGCUGCGGCACGAGCAGGACUUCGCUGAGCGCUUCCUUCCCGACGACGAGGCGGCCCGGGCCUUGGGCAGGACGUGCUGGGAGGCCCUGGUGAGCCCCCUGGUGCAGAGCAUCACCAGCCCAGACCCCAGCGGCGUCAGCCCCCUGGCCUGGCUGCUGAGCGAGUACCUGGGGAGCGGGGAGCCGGCCCCGCGCCCCCCGGCCCGCGGCGACACCUUCGGCUCCUGCGUGCGGCUCCUGACCCAGCUCCUGGUGCACGUGGACCCCGGCGGCGCCGAGCCGGAGGAGGCGAGGGCGGCGGGCGGGCAGGAGGGCAGGAACAAGGAGGCGCUGCCCAGGGCGGUGGCGCAGACGCCGAGCGGGCUGCGGGGCAUGGCGCAGUGCUGGAGCAGCGUGGUGCAGCAGCAGGCGCAGCGGUUCCUGCAGGCGGCGGGGCAGGCGCCAGACGUGGCGGAGCGGUACUGCGGGCUGUACCGGCGCCUGCGCGGCGCCACGGAGGAGCUCUUCGGGCAGCAGGCUGCCUUCCUGGGCGCCCUGGGCCAGGGCUUCGCGGGGGCGCUGCUGCAGCUCCCCUUCCUCACCGCCCUGCACGCCAGCGAGCGCUUCGCCCGCUACCUGGACGGGAAGAUCCAGGAGCUCGGCGGGGCCGCGGGCAGCACGGGGCUGCUGCAGCAGCUGCUGGAGCCCUUCGUCGUCUUCAGCGGCCUGGAGUUCGCCCACACCUUCGAGCACUUCUACCGGCUGUACCUGGGGGACCGGCUCCUGGCGCAGGGCCCCUCGUGGCUGGAAGGGGCCGUCCUGGAGCAGCUGGGGCUGUGCUUCCCCCGCCGCUUCCCCCAGCAGAUGCUGAGCGACCUGGCCGAGUCGGAGGAGCUGCAGCGGCAGUUCCGCCUCUUCCAGCUGCAGGAGCGGGACAAGCGGCUGCUGGAGCCGGGCGCGGAGAGCCCCGAGCACGAGGCGCCGGGGGAGGCUCCGGAGGUGACGGUGCUGGCCCUGUCCCCACGCUGCUGGCCCGUGUCCCCGCUGUGCCGCAUGGCCGAGCCCGGGCGCUUCUUCCCGGCCGCGCUGAGCUCCCCGCUGGGCGCCUUCGCCGCCUUCUGCGGGCAGAGCCAGAGCUGGGCGGGCGCGAGGCCGCGGGGGCUGCAGUGGACGUGGCUGGGCCGUGCCGAGCUGCGCUUCGGAGACUGCGUCCUGCACGUGUCCACGCUGCAGAUGUUCGUCCUGCUGCGCUUCAACGGCGCCGAGGAGGUGGCUGUGGAGUCCCUGCUGCAGGCCACGGGGCUCCCUGCGGAGCUGCUGCAGCAGGCGCUGGCACCGCUGACCGAGGGCGAGGGCGAGGCUGUCCUGCUGCGGAGCUGCGCGCCGGGGGCUCCAGGUGCCCUGCGGCUGAACCGGGCGGCCCUGGCCCAAGCCUCCGGCCGCCAGCUGAGGCUGCUGCCCCGGCAGAGGUACCUGCGGGCAGAGAGGGCUGAGAGCGGCGCCCUGGAGAGGAAGAGGAACGUCCUCUGCUGCCUCCUCAGCCGCAUCCUCAAGGCGGAGAAGCGGCUGCACAUCGACAACCUGGUGUUCAGGGUGCUCGCUGCCUGCCAGAAGGGCGAGCUGGGGCCGGGGCUGCAGUUCCCGAGCUUCUGCUGCCACAGCGUGGACGUGCUGUCCUGCGUGCUGCACCUGCUGAACCAGGGCUACCUGCGGCGCCAGGAGGAGAGGCCCCACGUCCUGGAGUACGUCCCUGAUGAGUCCCCAGAGCCCCCUGGCUCGCAGGCACAGCCCCCCGUUGCCUUCCAGACUGUGGAGAUCAAGACAGCCCCGAGCCCCGCGGCUGCUGAGAGGAGACAGACUUUCUCCACCUUCAGGUAGAAAAGGAGCGGGCUGGGCGUAGCCUGUGUCCUGCUGGCCCAGCCCUUCCUGAGGACUUUAAUUUUGAAUAAAGAAGCCCAGCUGCUCCCAA